AUGGAUUUGCUAGCUCCUGCAUCUAGCCAGGCGCAGACCAGGACCGUUCCCCUCGUCUGCAAGAUAUGCCCACGCAAGCCCAACUUCAGUGAUCUGUCGCAUCUCCUCACCCACAUCAGUAGCAAGGCUCAUCUGUCAACCUAUUACAAGCUCAAGGUCCGCUCAGGCUCCGAUGAUGCUGCUCGUCAAUCCGUCGAGCGGUACGACAUAUGGUACGCCGAGAAUGACAUUGAGUCUUUCAUGUCGGAGCGUAUGAAGCACAAGGAUAAACGCAAGAAGAUCAAGACUGGUACUUACUUGCCUGUUUCCGAUGGAGCUCCCUUUACUGACCGACGUCUGUCAGAGCCCCACGCCAACGUCAAGAUCAUCAAGAAAGAGUCCCACUCGCCAACGUUCACUCCCUCAUCAGCAUCUUACGACGAUAUCCCAUCAGUCUACCCUCACCCGUACGCUGCCUACGGACCGAUGUAUACUUGGGCAGCACACCCUUACCUCUCCCACAAACAGGACUCGGCAUCGGUCGAGGACGAUGAUCAGCUGGCCCCAAGUGAAGUAUCACUCAUGCCACGAAAGCGAAAAGUCAAGAAUCAGACACCUCAUGUUGGAGACGUCGAUGACGAGGACGAAAGCAGCAAGCUCAAGGGUGUUGUUUGGCCAGGUAUGGGCCUCUUUGAUGCAGCCACUCCGGAGUUGAAGAAGAAGCGUAACCAGAAGAAAGACGUCUCUGUGAACGAUCGUCUUGCCACCAUGUCCGAAGGAAUUCAGAAGGAAGAGCUGAUCUUCAGUUCAUCUGGUACUCCCCUCAAGAGAAGAGUCAUCUCUGGCCAGCCACAGCCCGAGGAGGAUCUGCUGCCUGGUGAGGAGCUACCUCCCCGUCCAUCCAAGGCCAAGCGUGCUCCCAGAAAGAAGCCUCUUGACGGCAAGAAAUCUCUCGAGGACAAGAAGCCCUUGAAAGAAAAAGAUCACAACACCGGUACGAAGCCCAAUCUUCGCCUCAAGGCCAAGAAGAAAGCCCGUAAGCAGCAACCCGUUGCUGCUGCCAAUGCCGACACUCAGGAAUGGAGUGACCUCAAGGAGGAGGUGCCCCGUAAGACCACACGCAACAAGCGCAAGAAAGCACCCAUCGACGAAGCCGAAGAGGAAGGCGAGACUCAGAUUGAGAUGGAAGAAGCCACAUUCGAGCAGCCUGUUGUCAUGACGCACCUCAACUCUGAAUAUCAACAUGCUCCAAUGUACGUUGCAGCAGCACCCAUGGGUUUCAGAGCGGCCGAGCCCACCUACAUGAACAUGACGGGUCAGAGUUACUACCAGUUCCCGGCUGGACAGAACAACCCCUUCUCGUACGAUCCAUCCCCCUUGGCGACAUGGGAUUACUUUGGGUACGGCAUGGGAAGCAGCAUCGCAAACCCUCUGUUCACUGGCAUGUACGGAGGCAGCUUUGACGAUGAUGAUGACGAGGACAACGAGGGGACCAUCUCGGCGCCCAUCUCGGAGUCACAGUAG